AACACUAAAGCAGCAACCGCGCAAUUGUGAUCAUGUUUACCGCUUGUCAAUUUAGUUAAACUCUUACUUAAUUUGGUUAUAUCGAUAUUAAAAAGAACACAAUGCAAUCAAAUGCAAUAGUUAGUUGUAUAUUACUGUUGUUCCAUAACGUGUGCUGUUACCAGGAUAACUGGGUUGAGCCACAUGCGUGGGCGGAACUGACAACCACGCAAUUCAGUAAUCCAGGUGAAGAUGCCUGCCAAUGCCAGGCCGUGUCGCCUGAAGGGAAAUCACUCGCAACAAUAGAGGAUCAAUUAGCAUUAAUGUAUUUUAAAAAGUUUGUUAACACUUUGUUUAGUCGAAAGGUGCUAAUGCACGGCAAAACGUCAAACGUUUUCAAACGAUCGGUACUGUUUACAUUACAAGCUUCAGAAGUUGAUGAACUUGAAACGGUUCAAGAUGUGCGUGAUCUUGAUAUUUUACUUACCAAAAUACUUAAUAAGGCAAACGAUGUUCCUUUGUCAUCGGAUCAGGCCGACGACGAAUUUUUGUACACACACAAGGAAAUGGGAGUGCUCGCGCUUAUUAUGGAUAUUUUCAAGGAUCUUCUAAAGCUACUGCAAAUAUCCGAGGUGCGAUUCAUGCUAACGGUACUGCUCAUCAUUGCUACCGGGUGGAUUGUGCAUAGACGAUUCCGAUUUUCUGCAAUAGCCAUAAUUAUAGGCGGGGUGUUCCUGUAUGGCUACUUCGUUACCUAUUUAGAAUGCAAUAGGAAACUGGAGGUUGAUGCUGUGAUUGAAGUAAUUGACAGUCAUCAAAAGUCCACGGAUAAUGCUGAUACAAACUGGUUUUCUCGCAUAUUUGGCUCUUUAUUUAAAGACUCUAAAGAAGAUCAACAAAGACAGAAAAUUUUAAAGUCAAGCAAAUUACGUAUGCCUUACUGUCGACCAGACCAUGUGUUCAUUAUGUACACAAGUGAAAUGUUUCUCAAACAAAUUGAAACGAUCUUGGAAAAAACAACUCAUACAAUUACGAGCUUAAAUUCUGAAUUAUAUUUUCCAUAUAACUUAAUAGCACCAUUCGCACUAGUCUGUAUGAUUGGCUACAUUCUAAAGUUAAUCUUUAAAUACGUCAUAAGUCCGAAGGUGUGGGUCGGCCUUUUUUAUGGUAAAUCCGCUACAACUUCUGCAACAACGCAAGAUCAAGCCAUUGCCAAUGAAACGGUUGGAGAUCGUUUAUCGGGUGAAAACCUUAAGAUGUUACUUAAUGUCAUUGGCUCUACAAACAUAUCACAAUCCCAACAACAACUACAACUGCCAGUAUCAGGGGUCCAAGAGUUACUGGAACCAUUGGAAGCACCCCCACCAGAAACGUCUCAAAAACAACAAACUGAAAAAAAACAUAAUUUGGAGCCGCCUUCGAAAGAUAAUUCUAAUAUUAGCAGUACCUCUGAGGAUAUAGCUCAUGAAGCUGGCUUCACCGUUGUAGAUGAUAACGCAGAUGUGGAUUAUAUUAAUACUUUGUAGCUAAUUUUAACUUUUUUUGAACUGCUGUAUUAAGUGUAAUGUUUGUGGUUAUCAUUUUUCUCUUACCAGUUAAUAUCACCAUUUAACAGAAUUCUGUUACCAAAA